AUGGCAACGGCUGCCAUGCACCAGGCCUGGGACUACAUAGACAGUCACUUCGACGAGAGGGGGUUGUUUGGCGAAGCAGGCGGAGACAUGGUCGCGCGACUGAGCGCUCAAGUUUGCGCGCACCCGUUUCCAUAUGGGAUGGCUCUCCAGACAGCUCUCCUUGGAUGCGUCAACGGAGCUCGGGUUCGUUGUUUUCCAGGAGACCCUUCGCCUUUGUCACUCGUGUGCCUCGUGGUAAACCCACCUCAGACAAGGAAAAGUGGGAUAACAAAUUGCAUCAACAAAGUGGGCAAGGCGGUUGACAGAGUGAUUGCUCGCUGGGCUGAAGGCAAGGAGCUUCGGCCUAGGAGUGCCGUCUUGACUACUUUCACGGAAGCGGGCUUCUUCCAGAGAUGCAGUGCAGAGGGCGAGCGUUUGUACUACAGUGUUUUGUUGUCCUUGGACGAAAGCUACCGACUCCUGAAGAUGUUGGGACUGGGUACAGGCAAAGGACAUGGCAAGGAGCACGCAGCUGCACCCACGGAUGGUGCCUCGCAGUGGAACGCAUUGCUGCAGACAGGUCACAGCAGCAUGACCUGCAAGACGGGCGUGAGCUACGAGUCCCGCAGCGCCACGUGCAACGUGGUUGGCGUCGGCAACAUUCAUUCUGGCCCUUUCCUUGGCUUGGUGAAGCUAGGAUGA